AUGAGACACCCUGCGAUUCUCCAGGAGCCGAUCAGAGCGGUUGGUGGUUUGGCCCAGAGAUCGGAGGAGAGAAGGCCGGAGUAUCGGGGUGCAGGUAGCUUCCUCUACAGUGAGGGGCAUCGCAUUUGCGUCUCUGCCAGCUAUGGCAAGGGCCUAACAAAGGUUGGUCUGCAGAAGGCUUUUGGUGACUUCGGACACAUCUAUCAGAUUGAAACCCCGAAACCCAACUUGGCGUUCUUGGCGUUCGCCGAGAAGGUUGACGCCAUGGAUGCGUUGUCAUCGAUGGAUGGCAAAUCCAUUGAGGGCCAGGCCAUCACUGUCAGUUGGGCUGGGCCGAAACCGCAGAAUAGGCCUGUGAGAGAGUCGCAGGUGCUCACUUCCACAAAGUUUGAACGCGAGGACAUUCAGGCAGCGAGGGCCAACUAUCGCCCUCCCAGCCCCGUGCGGCGUUCGAGCCGCUCGCGUGGCCGCUCGGAGGGCCGCGAUCGAAACGACCGGGGCGACCGGGGCGACCGGGGCGACCGGGGACGGCGGAGUCGAAGCAGGUCUGGGCUCACAACGCUUCAGCCGGCAGCGGCUCCCUUCCACCUGGCAAAGGGUGAGCCCCAACCCUUCUGGCAGAUGGGCCUGCUUGGGCUGCUGUGA